AUGCCAAAUGUGGGGAAGUCAACGCUGAUCAACGCCCUGCGGCUCGCGCACGCAGCGGAGUUCCACGGCGACAACGCCCGACGCUCGCGAACGGCGGAACGGGUGGGGAUAGCCCCCGGGACAACGCGCGCGCCGCGGCUGGUCCCCCUCUCGCGCGACCCCCCUCUUGUUCUGUGGGACACCCCCGGACUGACGCUGCCGGGCUGCUUCGCACGUGAGGCCGGGCUGCGGCUUGCUGCCUGUGGGAUUAUUCCGACAAACAACCUUUCGCUCCCCUGCGGGGUGGUUGCGCGGUAUAUCUAUGACAUUCUUCUAACGGCAGGGAUGCGGGAGCACCUUGCUGAGUGCCUCCACCUCUCCCGCCCCCCGAUCAGCUUCGACGACUGCAUAUCGCUCAUUUGCGAGCGAAGCGGGUCGAGCGGGCAAAGCGAGCUCGGCAACCUCGACGCGGCCCGCGCGCAUCGGUUUUUGCUCUACGACUUUCAGGCUGGUAAUCUCGGCAGGAUUACGUUGGACCCACUACCGAAGAAGGCGCUCCAGACACCAGACAACGACACAUCUGCCUCGCGGCUUCUCGGGACAGUAGCCUCGACGAAUCACGCAGAGGGAAGUGGUCCUCAUGAAAAUGAAAAUCCUCAUAGUAGCGGCGACGGUGACAACGACAACGACGAAGAUGCCACUUUUACACAUCACGUGGAGUCGGUUGAGGUCGUCGAGCGCUAUCCGGAGCACAUGAGGGAGGUGAUGGAGGCCUUGCGAGGUCCAUUUGUGGGAGGACGCCCCUAUUCUUCCUUUUCUUCUUCCAGCAGGGAAGAAAAUGUGAUUAGCCGGAGGAAAGGACCGAUUAGCAGAGCAUCCGCCUUUGAGGGGGAAUAUAGAAAAUGCAUAAGGCUUGCUGAGGGGCGUUGA